AUGUCCAGCCCAGCCAAGAAGCGCAAGCUCAAUAAGGAUCACAAGACCACCACUGGCAGCGCGCCUCUGCCGUCGAGGGGGCUGGAGUACUUCUUUUCCAAGCAGCGGCAGAGCGUCGAGACGCCGCCAGCGCCAGGUGCUGCUCGGGACGUGGAGCUGUCGAAUGGGCCUUCUGACGAUCAGGGAAGCGGAAAUGGAACUCCUAGUGGUGGGGAGACGGGUGCUUUCGAUGCUGAGCAUAACGGAUUGACGGACGAGGAGUUGGCGCGGAAACUGCAGGCACAGUGGGAUAAGGAGGAUGCUGAGCAGCAUCAGCAGCAUCAGCAGCAGCAGCAGCAGCAGCAGCAGCAGGACGGCGGGCUCAAUCAGGCAAUUGACCUGCCUUCAGGGACUGACGACGGAACAUCUGGGACGGCCCUGGCCAGCGCAGAACUUGACCUGGCGAAUGUUGUGCAAAGCACCGAACGCUCUACGGUACCGCAUACGCCAGAUCUUCCCAAGGGCGUCGUCAACCCUUUCGCAAUGGGUAAAAGCACAUUAUCAUUACAAUCGGUCGCAUCGGCUGUCGACACGAUCACGGAGUCCAUACCAUUUGACGAAAGCCCCUUGACGUUCGACCCUUCGAAGUAUCUUCCCGAGUUGCAGAAAGGGUGGGCGUCAGAUCGUGGACAGGCUUCGUACUCACUCUUGUCGCAUUGCUUCGUGAUCGUCGGAGGCACGCAAAGCCGCAUAAAGACGGUGGAUUCAUUAGUCAAUUGCUUGCGAAUAUUGAUUGAGGGUGACCCGGAGAGUUUACUGCCGACGGUGUGGCUGGCGACGAACUCGAUUUCGCCACCAUACAUAUCCUUGGAACUAGGACUUGGUGGCUCCGCGAUUUCCAAAGCCCUCAAGCAGGUCUGCGGCUUGGACAACCGAUCGUUGAAAGCUCUGUACGACAGGCAUGGCGACGCUGGGGACGUGGCAUUCGAGGCGAAGAAGAAGCAGAGCUUCACAUUGCGUAAGCCCAAGCCACUUACAAUCAGAGGUGUGUAUCAGUCUCUUGUGAAAAUCGCCAACAGCCAAGGCCAUGGAAGCGCGGAGCAGAAGCAACGGAUUGUGGACAGACUGCUGCAAGAUGCCCGUGGUGGGGAGGAGAGUCGGGCUUUCCUGUUGUCGCGGCCCCCUGGAGCAGACUUCCCGCUCAAAGACAGACAGAAGCUGCGAGGGUUGAAAAAGGAGGAGCUGGCAGAAGUGUGGAAAGAGGCCGAGGAAAUUGUCAAGGCGUGCUUUGCGAAGCGGCCCAACUAUAACGACUUGAUUCCCAUCAUGCUGGAGAUCGGCGUGUGUAAGGAGCUCCUUGUGCGCUGUGGAUUGACCAUGCACAUCCCGCUCCGUCCCAUGCUGGGAAGUAUCACGCGCGAUCUAUCCGAGAUGCUCACAAAGCUGCAAGGCCGAGAUUUCGCCUGCGAGUUCAAGUACGACGGCCAGAGAGCUCAGGUUCACUGUGACGAGAACGGCAAGGUUUCGAUAUUCUCACGGCAUCUUGAGGUCAUGACGGAUAAGUACCCCGAUCUUGUCGAGCUGGUGCCAAAGAUCCGAGGUGAAGGGGUUGGAAGCUUCAUCAUGGAAGGCGAGGUCGUCGCUGUCGACCGGCAGACUGGCGAUCUCAAGAACUUCCAGACCCUGACGAACAGAGCUAGGAAGGACGUGGCUAUUGGCAGCAUCACCAUUGAUGUAUGUCUCUACGCUUUUGAUCUGAUGUACCUCAACGGUCAGCCUCUGCUUGACCGUGCAUUUCGCGAGCGCAGAGAGCUGCUCAGAUCGCUCUUUACGGAAGUUCCGCAUCAUUUUACCUGGGUGAAAAGCCUUGACGCCACUUCUCAGGACUCGGAGAUGGUGCUAGACUUCUUCAAGCAGGCAACGGACCAAAAGUGUGAAGGCAUCAUGGUCAAGAUCUUGGACAACUUGCCGGAGCUUCCAGCCCCGCCUGUGGAUAUUGCUGUUGAUAACCAAGAAGCAAUACGAAAGGCACAAACGCCUCUAACAGCUUCGGAGACGUUGACGCUCCCUAAAACAAGAUCUUCUAGAUCAAAAUCGAAGUCGAAAGCAGCCCCGGCAACAGACGCGGCUACGGAUACCAAUACACAGGCACCCGGACUAACGAACGGGGAGGAGAAGAAGUCGACAGGCAGACGGAAACCACUACUCGCGACUUACGAGCCGGACAAGCGACUUGACUCAUGGCUGAAGGUCAAGAAAGAUUACAGCUCCUCAUUUGACACCCUCGACCUGAUUCCUGUUGCCGGAUGGCACGGCCAAGGCCGAAAGGCGAAAUGGUGGUCGCCCAUUCUAUUGGCAGUGCGUAAUGAAGAGACUGGUCAGCUUGAGGCAGUGUGCAAAUGCAUAUCCGGCUUCACCGACGCUUUUUACAAGGCCAACAAAAAGUUCUAUGAUGAUGGGUCUGGCGAUCCAGAUGACGUCAAUGGCACAUCAAAGGACCGCGAGGAUGAUGACGGUGCCGAUGACGAAGAUGCAGAAGAAGCGUCAGACCAAGACGGUAAUGGCGAAGGUGAGACAGCGUCCAAAAGUCGCAAGUACAAGAAUACGCGUAAGACCAAGCCCAGCUUCAUAGACUACGCAGGCCACCCAGACGUUUGGUUCGAGCCGCAGGAGGUCUGGGAGAUGGCUUUUGCCGACAUCACGCUGUCGCCAACAUACACUGCGGCCAUCGGUUUGGUUAGCCAGGAUCGCGGCUUGAGCAUGCGUUUCCCACGGUUCCUUCGCAAGCGCGAGGACAAGAGUAUCGAUGAGGCGAGCACAAAUGAGCUCCUAGCCGCGCUCUACAGGAAACAAGAGGCGAAAGCGCCCGCUGCUGCGGUGUCGGAGGUCAAGGAUGAGGAUAUCGAGGAUGAGUAA